CGCCGCUGGCCCCGGGCUUCCUCUCUCCGGGUCGCCGCACUCCGCUGCACUCCGAGCCCGAGGACGCGAGCGAAGGGUCUGUCUCCAGGGUCCCCGCCUGCACACGCUGCCAUGGCCCCCGUGCUCAGCAAGGACGCGCCGGACAUCGAGAGUAUCCUGGCUUUAAAUCCUCGAACACAGACUCAUGCAACUCUGCGUUCGACUUCGGCCAAGAAAUUAGACAAGAAACAUUGGAAAAGAAAUCCGGAUAAGAACUGCUUUGAUUGCGAGAAGCUGGAGAAUAAUUUCGAUGACAUCAAGCACACGACGCUGGGCGAGCGAGGCGCUCUCCGAGAGGCAAUGAGAUGCCUGAAGUGUGCAGACGCCCCGUGUCAGAAGAGCUGCCCCACGAAUCUCGACAUCAAAUCCUUCAUCACCAGCAUCGCAAACAAGAACUAUUAUGGAGCGGCCAAGAUGAUUUUCUCGGACAACCCGCUUGGCCUGACCUGUGGGAUGGUGUGCCCCACCUCCGACCUGUGUGUGGGCGGCUGCAACCUCUAUGCCACCGAGGAGGGGCCCAUUAACAUCGGUGGGCUGCAGCAGUUCGCUGCGGAGGUGUUCAAAGCAAUGAACAUCCCCCAAAUCAGGGACCCGUCUCUGCCUCCCCCAGAGAGAUGCCUGAAGCCUAUUCGGCAAAGAUCGCUCUUCUUGGUGCCGGCCCUGCAAGUAUAAGUUGUGCUUCCUUCUUGGCUCGACUGGGCUACUCUGACAUCACUAUAUUUGAAAAACAAGAAUACGUUGGUGGUUUAAGCACUUCUGAGAUCCCUCAGUUCCGGCUGCCCUAUGACGUCGUGAACUUCGAGGUUGAGCUGAUGAAGGACCUCGGUGUGAAGAUAGUUUGUGGCAGGAGCCUCUCCGUGAAUGACAUGACUCUCAGCACUCUGAAAGCAGAGGGGUACCAGGCGGCUUUCAUUGGCAUCGAGACUUUUCAAAUCCAUCGAGUUGUCCUGGGCCACAGUCAAUAUUUUAAAGUCAAAGGGCCGCUUCAUGGCCCCCGUCCGCUGGCAAACCCCUUCACGUGGAAAUAAUGAAUGAAAAUUUGAUGGCUGGUUUACCGUAGGUCCAAUGACUUGCCGUGGAAGAGGGAAGAAGAACACUUUAAUUAUUACCCUUUCAUCACAGGGAACUGAUGGUAGGGCUGCCGGUAGAUCUGGGCUUAAAGGAAGACCUUUCAGGAGGCAUCAGGCAGAUGAAAGCAGGCGUCGUUUACUUACAGUCGUCGGAAAACGGAGCGUAGGUGGGAUGAUGUGUGAAUAAUUACCUACUGCUCUUUAAAGCA